ACUAUAGUCACUACUAGUCAGAUCUCUCUCCUCUCACAGUCACCACGCACACACUGCACUCACGCUCUCAUUCUCUGAUUUCCCAAGCUGGCCAAGCACCACCACCGGCCACCACCACGCCGGCCGCCGCCGCCGCACCACCACGUGCCACUCUCCAGCCGUGCGCCCCUGCCUUUGGCUGUGCCUCUGCGGUUCUAAUUUCUACAGGAAGGUCAUGGACAAAUUUGAACCCCCUGACCCCGGGGUCCUGGAUCCGCCACUGGUUGUGUUUAUAUUGGUUCUGAAAAACCAUGAACAUGGUUUUUUACUGCCAUUGAAGAUAGUUAGACAAAACAGUUUUUGGGGAAAAGGUCUAGAGGACAAAAUGUCAGGUUCAAGGUUUCUCUUCAGUAAUGGCAUCCUUUCACACACCAUUGAUACCCCUUCUGUCAAAAUCUUCCUUGAAACUCAUACAGGUGCUUACACAACAACGCGUACUCACAACAUUGCUUCAUGCUUGUUAUUUUGGGAAAGACACAUGAAAAGACUAACGGAGUCGCUACAAAUUCUUUCAAAUGUGGCACCAGAACUUCUACUUAAAUCUAAUAAAUCUGCUGCUUUGCUACCAUCGUCAGCAACCUUGCCAGUAUGGCAACCCAUUGUGCAGAUGCUCGUUAACCAUUCACUGUGCAAGGUCUUGCCAAUUGCAUUGAACGAGAGGAUUGGUUGUGAGGAGAUGGCCAUUACAACUCUUGUUAGUGGCGAUUUGGAGGAAUUGAAUGCAAGCAAGACUAUGGAUGAGAAACGAGCACGUAAAGUUUUUAAUGUGCAUGUACAUGUUGAGACUUAUGUUCCUCCUGCAUUUGGUAUUCGGGGAAAUGGGGCGCAUUUGGCUGUGGUGGGCUUUGGGAGGCAUGUUGCAGCUGCAAAAUACUCAGAUUGGGUAAGGAUUAGGAAGCCUCUGGAAAAGCUCAGGCCUCCUUCAGUGACAGAACUAAUGCUGUCUAAUGAUGGUGAUCAGAUACUUGAAGGCUGUGUGACAAAUUUUUUCAUUGUUUGCCGCAGGGAUUGGGAUUCAGAUGAUGGGAAGGCCUUGUAUGACUUUGGAAAUAAACACUCUUUUGAAGUGCGGACAGCUCCUAUCAGUGAUGGUGUUCUUCCAGGAACGAUUCGCCAGCUAGUGCUUGAGAUAUGCAGAAGUGAAGGAAUCCCGUUCCAAGAAGUUGCUCCCUCAUGGUCAGAACGUGAAAUCUGGGAGGAAGCAUUCAUCACCAAUAGCUUGAGGCUUUUGCAACAUGUGGAUAGUAUUCAGGUUCCAACAGAAUGGCAAUCAGCCCAUUCUAAAACGUGGAAGGAUAUACCAUGGACAGAAAAGCAAUUUCAGGAUGGACCUGGGAUGAUCACAACUCUAAUCCAGGGAAAGAUUUUGGAGAAAGCAACGCUGGAAGGGUACCCAAUAAGUAUCUUGUGUGCAGGGUGAUGAUCUCCCUCUUCCUCUCUUGAAUUGGCUUAUACAUUUGACUAUGCCAUAGUUUCUUAGCUCAAUGAGUAGAUGAUGACAUAAUGACAUAUGAUCUCUUGGAAGAUGUCCAUUCAAACUGUGGAGGAUAGGAAUGACAAUGUGUAGUGCAUUACAGCAAUUAUUUUUAUAUCUGUAUUUUUUAAAGAUACCCUAAUUUGUUCCCAUAUUUUACAUAUUUAAAUUUGGACCCUUAUCCCUAUUUUAGUUGACUAGAAUGUGAUUUUUUA